UGUCUGCAAGGGCAGAAGUAAAAGUGCAAGCAAGAGAGGGUGAGGGGGGAUGCUGAAGGCAGGUGAUGCUGCUACUGCAGGAGAAACAAGUGGCUAAAAGAGGAGGUCCCAGAAUGGGAGAGAGAGCUGGGAUUCAGUGUGGAGACUCCAAGAAUGGAAAGGAGGUAGAGAAAGGAUGGAGCUUCUGGAGUUACCACCAUGGGGCCCUCUCCAGCUUCCUGUCCAUCCUGGCGACAUUUCCCAUCCACAAGACUAUCUUCCGCCAGCAGAUCCAUGCUUUCUCCAUCCACAAAGCAGUAUGCCAGCUGCACCGUGAGGGCCUCUGCUGCCUCUACCGGGGCAUUUUACCACCACUCAUGUCCAAGACGCUGCAGGGAACCCUGAUGUUUGGCACCUACGACAGCUUCCUCAGUUUCCUCUCCAGCAACACAUCCGACUCCUACAUGCUGCCACAGCGGUGGGCAGCAGGCUUCUUCUCUGGCUCAAUGGAGGCCUUGGUCCUGAAUCCCUUUGAACGGGUCCAGAACAUCCUGCAGGAUGGACGGAAAAACAGCAGGUUCCCAAAUACCCACAGCAUUCUGCAGGAAUUCAACUCCUAUGGCCUGAAGGCAAGGCUUGUCAUAGGCUACUACCGGGGCCUUGGCCCCGUUCUGCUGCGGAACAGCCUGGGUAGCGCCCUGUACUUCUCCUUCAAGGACCCCCUCCGUGACAGCCUGUCCAACAAAGGUCUGCCAAGCUGGCUGCCUGCCUUGGUGUCUGGCAGUGUCAAUGGGACCUUGACCAGCCUCAUGUUGUACCCUCUGACCGUUCUCAUUGCCAACAUGCAGUCACAGGUUGGGGGGCACGAGGUCCUCAGCCUGUGGAAGUCUAUGCAGUCUGUCUGGCAAUCGCGUGGGAGGAAGCUAACCCUUCUAUACCGGGGUGGGUCCCUGCUUGUCCUGCGGGCAUGUCCAACAUGGGGCAUCACCACUGCCAUCCAUGACUUCCUGACAGAAAAUGCUGGGCGUGACAGGAGAGGCUAGUCAUAAGCCUAGCGUUUCGCAGACCCUGUACAGGCACUGAGGGCCUGGUGCCUCAGUCUGGCUGAUACCAGCCUGUUUGCAAAGAGGCCCUGAAAUUUGCAGUCAAUAAAACCUUUUAACUUACAAACUUAACUUUCAAUUGAUAAAAGAAAGAUCACACUGUCAGUACCACCAAAGAGAAGCUCAGGGAAAACUACUGCUCUAACCAGUCUGAAGGUGGCUUAUUCAGCAAUAGCCCAGCCAUGAGUGUUUUAGGGGCUGUGGUCAAACUGAGCAAACCACUCAAGCUACUUACAGCCCAGCUUCAGCAGGUUCUCCCUGAGCUGGCUGUGGUCUAGCAGUCAGGGUAUAGGAGAGAGGCAAGUGAUUGCUGGUUUGUCCCCAGUUGUGCUACUGAAUGAGUGUAACCUAAAACUAAGCAUCUGACCUCUCCAUGCCUUGGUUUCCCUGUUUGUAAAACAUGGGGAUAAUGGUUUUUCCCAAAUAAACUGCUUUGAGACCUG